UCUUGAACCCGGACAGUUCUAGUGCGGACCCCUAGUUCAUUGAAAAGCGACAUUGUUUCUUUAAGAUUCGACUUUCAGCCAUCAGCGGGUCUGUCUGUUCAUUGUUGGAGAGAGAGAGAAAGAGACAGCGAGUUGAGAUCGAUAUACGGGGGCUGAGGACAAGUCGUGCAUAAUAUCAUCGAGCAGCUGGGGUGGAAAGCCGCACAUAACCCCGGUAUUGAGCACACAUCCUACCAGAGACAACAUGGGUUGUUAUGACUGCUGUAUGAAGUGCCUGGGAGGGGUUCCAUAUUGCUCCCUGGUGGCCACUCUGCUGUGUUUCUCAGGGAUCGCUCUGUUCUGUGGCUGUGGUCACCAGGCCCUCACUGAGACGGAGAGACUCAUCGAGACAUACUUCGCCCGUAACCUACAGGACUACAUUACCCUGGCCUACCUUAUCCAGUACUUCCAGUAUGUUAUCUAUGGCUUGGCUUCAUUCUUCUUCCUCUACUGCAUCGUACUGCUGGCGGAGGGAUUCUACACAACCAGCGCCGCGAAGCAGACCUUCGGAGAGUUCAGGAGCACCCUGUGUGGACGCUGUCUUAGUAGCACGUUUAUAUUGAUAACGUACCUUCUGGCGGUGGUGUGGCUGUUGGUGUUUGCCUUCUCUGCCUUGCCUGUCUACUUCUUCUACAACAUGGACACUACCUGCCACACCAUCACCGUCCUGACUGAGACACCAGCUAGCAUCAACCAGCUCUGUAUUGACGCCAGGCAGUACGGGCUCUUACCAUGGAAUGCGUUGCCAGGCAAAGCCUGUGGAAUGACGCUGUCCGCCGUCUGCAAAACCAGAGAGUUCCGCGUGACCUACGACCUGUACAUCGCAGCGUUUGCCGGGGCUGGCAUCACACUCUUGGCUCUGCUCACCUACAUGGUGUCCACCACCUAUAACUUUGCGGUGCUGCGUUACCUGGGGAGAAAGGGCAUAGGCCCACGGUGUUAAGACUCUCCACUUCCUGUCUCUCGAUCCGACACAGACACCCAGAGGGGACACUAUGACUCCCUAACACCCCUCUGCCUAUCCUCAACACCGCCGGUGGAGUUGAUUCCUUGGAUUCGAGUGAUUGAUUCCUUGAACGAUUCCUAUUCCUUCCAUUUUUCCCUUCACGACCCACCAACCUUUCCAUGUACUGUGUCUUCGUAGCACCAUGGGUGGUUUGGUCGAAACGCAGACGUUUACUACCUUAGUCUACUGCUUUGUCACGCUGUUCUUCUCAUGUUAUAUUUACUUUGCUCUGAAGAUGUCUUCUUCAAGUUAGAAGUUUUCUGUAUUUUUGUUAUUCUCCGUGUGUAUUUUAUCAUGGGUUUGUAAAGUAAUGUUCCUCAUAUACUGCAGUUAGUGUGCCUGAUGUAUACUUCAUGUUUUCUUCACUUUUUAAAACGUAAAUCACAUGUAAAAACCUACCUAGUAAUAUAACAAAAAUCAUUUUAUUUGACAAAAGUAUUCAGUUAUAAAUGUCUCACUGACUCUCAUGGUUAGGGACUACUUGGUUAGGGACUACUUGGUUAGGGACCACUUUGGGAUUAUAAUCGGUUACCAUGGGUACAAUCCCUCACAUCUGGUUGCCAUGGUGCCAGACAUGUGUGCGUUUGCAGUUCUUCUCUCUGACCUCAGGGCCUUUUCUCACGGGAGGCAGAAAGGCCUCAACAAUGGAGGCCGCCCCCUUAGGACUUCUUAGAAAACUAACCAAUCAGAGGGGGUUCCUAGGGUCCACCUGCCCCGGCUCCCGGUUAGGGGGUGGAAGGGAGGUCUGUGUGACAAGGCCCCUUUGUUACUAUAGGGACCGUGGUCUAUGGCAAGGGUCAGAUUGCAUGUCAUAGGGAGAGGGUCUCAUGACAAAGACAGGAGAAAGGCUUCCCUCAAAGGCCUGAAUACAACCCUGCUGUGACGAACCCAGUGCUGCACGACAUCCCAUCUGUUGGAGGUGAUGGAUCCUGUGAAGGGACUUGGAAAGAAAAGGGUUAACAUUUUGUUUGAAUGAAGGGAUAUCUCUGAGAGAAAAGGGACAACAUUUUUAGUGAGUUUGUACCAUAGAUUUCUGGUUGGUACAGAUCAAUAGGAGAAGGAGAAGUCCUUAAUAUCUCUGUUUUUAAUGUUGAGAUAAUAAAGUUGUUACAGGUGCUUCAUUUUUUUUAGCAACCUUCGUGUUAUUUAGAAGUUUAAAACAUCUCUGAAGAUGCUUGACUCUGUAUGGCUCUGCAUUGAGGUGAUAUUAUCAUUGCUCCUCCUUCUGGCAGUAUACGUUCGCAAGGGAUGAGGGUCUGUUAUAGAGGCAAAACAAUGCAGUUUUUAUAUAGUUUUGUCUCUGUAGCUGUCUAGAAAAUAUUAGUAGUUAUUGUAUAACACCCCUAGUACUUACUGUAGGUAAAUGUACUAAUCUUAAUGACACUUUGUUUAAUCUCUUGCUAACAAAAUAUCUUGUAACAUACUGUGAGUAUAGGUUAUCCAAUUGGGUGGAAGCUUGAUCCAACAGCUCAGGUUGGUUUUGUGAACUGACGGCUGGCUGUCUGUGUUUUUUGUUUCUUUGUGUUUUAUGAUAUGUUGGUUUGGCAAUAAAAGAUGGUCUGUCCUUUUUUAAAGAAA